AUGAAGCCCACGAAUCUGGCCAAGGUCUGGACCCGCUGGAACCAUGUGCUGCUCCUGCCCUACCACUUCUACUGCGAGGCCCUGGCCAUGCGGGAUGUCCUGCUGAGAGGCCAGACCAGCUACACAUCCACCUACUGUGCCCGGCUGCAUCUGUAUGUGCCGCUCCUGCUGUACGCCCAACUGGAGCUGGUCAAGAUCUGCUGGGAACUGUUCAAGGCGCCCCGUAACAUCUAUGAGGUGCUGUUCGAACAGCCCACCAAGGAGUUGAAUAUUCUGCACAAGAAAUCCUAUGCGGGCAGGAAAAUAGUCUCCUUCAGUCGCUCUAUAGACGGCACCCAGCUGAGGGAACGACAUCGGGACAGAUUUAACGAUCAGCUGCGUGAAUCGGACUUUAGUCUCACGUGUCUGGCCGGCGCCGUACAUGAUUACUUCAACACCUUCUCCGAUCUGGCGCCAGUGCCUUCGCUUUUGAACACUACUUGUAGGACAAUUUCUAAGGGAUACUUCACAGAUCGCCGAGGGGACAAAAGCGAUAAUAUAGGUGGUGUGGUCUUUCUGCAGCUGCCACUGCGUCAGCCAGAUGUGGAGCAUGCCCGUCAUUUGCACGGAAUUGUGGAGUGCAUCAGGCAGCAGCAGAUCAUGAUCUAUUUGGCCUCAAUCGGUCAGACCAAGUACAGCAUGCUAACGGCCCUCCUACCGCAUGUCCUUACCAAGAUCUUCAUCAACUUCUUCUCGUAUAAUUUUCCAAUUACGAUCACAGAGAUCUAUGGGUCCUCGGCCGAGUUCCAGUCGACUUGGGGCCAGAGGGUUCAGGAUGUGCUACUCUUCAGGCCCCCCCAAUCGAAGACUUGCCUUUCCCUGAAUCUCCAUCGCUUCGGAGAUAAGUACAGGCUGGCUAUUAUGGCAGACACACAUCUGGCCCCGGAUCACACGAUCAUAACACGAUCUUUCGAACGAUAUAUGGAAACAGUAACACUCUGA